AGAGCUCCUUAACCCUCAGCCUCUCUGACCAUCCACUUGGCAAAGACCCGCAGGCCAUGAGGACCGGUCAACGACAGUGAGAGGACGUGAGAGGGUAAAUCCUUGAACCCCGCACUCUUAUUUCCUGCCCUGACGUCCCUGCAAGCCAGCCCAAGGGGGUAACCAUAAGCGGAUGCCUGUAUGGCUGCCUUACUGAUGCCACGCAGGAACAAAGGCAUGAGGACUCGACUGGGCUGCCUGUCACACAAAUCGGACUCCUGUAGUGACUUCACAGCCAUUCUUCCCGACAAACCCAACCGUGCUCUCAAGAGACUCUCCACAGAAGAAGCGACGAGGUGGGCAGAUUCCUUUGACGUGCUCCUCUCUCAUAAGUAUGGGGUGGCGGCCUUCCGUGCCUUCCUGAAGACGGAGUUCAGCGAGGAGAACCUGGAGUUCUGGCUGGCCUGUGAGGAGUUCAAGAAGACCAGGUCGACGGCAAAGCUGGUCUCCAAGGCCCACAGGAUCUUUGAGGAGUUUGUGGAUGUGCAGGCUCCGCGGGAGGUGAAUAUCGAUUUCCAGACCCGAGAAGCUACGAGGAAGAAUGUGCAGGAGCCAUCCCUGACUUGUUUUGACCAAGCUCAGGGGAAAGUGCACAGCCUCAUGGAGAAAGACUCUUACCCCAGGUUCCUGAGGUCCAAAAUGUACUUAGAUCUGCUGUCCCAAAGCCAGAGGAGGCUCAGUUAGACCUCGGAUGGAGACUCUCGGAAGUCACCGGCUUUCCCUGCUCCUUGCUGCCAAGACCAUAUUCUAACGUGAAA